AUGUAUAAACAAAAAGGUAUGUUUAAGGAUGAACAAGAAAGAAUCUUUCUCCCAGGGACAGCAGCACAGCAACUGGUGAAACAGGUUCACGAGCCAACACAUCUGGGACAAAAGAAGAUGAAAGACAUGCUGAGCACCACUACAGGCCUCUCAAACCUGCCUGCUGGACCUGGAGUGCAGGCUGAGUAUUUAACUUCAUUAAAUUUUUACCUGAAGUAUCCAAUUAGUGGACACCUAAAAACUGGGGGGAAAAGGGCCAGGAAAUUUGCUACUGAGAUGACUGGUGAAACGUCCGCCCAAAAGACUGAGCUGUUUGCGGUCAUUGAGGUCUUUAACAAGCUACGCGAUCAGUCCUUUAACCUUUUCACUGACUCGCAGUAUAUAGCCAGACUGUUUCCUGAUAUUGAGACUGUUGUCAUUGCUGACAGUAAGACUACUAUAGCUGCCCGCCUUUUAGAACUCCAGUCCUUGCUAAGACAGAGAAAACACAAUGUGUAUGUCGGCCACAUUCGGGGUCAUUCUAAGUUACCCGGACCCCUAGCCCAGGGAAAUGAACUUGCUGACUUACUCACUAAAGAUGCUGCCUUUAUGGCACAGGAGACUACUGCAGACCAUGCACUGCAUCAUCAAAACUCCUCCUCCCUGCGGUGACAAUUCCAUUUGACCCGUGAAACUGCUCGAGAAAUUAUUAAGAGAUGUGCAGCCUGUCCCACCACCCAGCCUUCACUUCCUAUGGGAGUCAAUCCCAGGGGACUUAGGCAAAAUGACUUGUGGCAAAUGGACGUUACUCAUGUUUCCAGCUUUGGAAAACUCAGCUUUGUCCAUGUUUCUAUUGAUACAUACUCACAUCUGAUCAUGGCCACUGCAAGGCCUGGCGAAGCCUUUAAAGAUGUUUUUCAACACUUAAUGUCAUGUUUUGCUUAUGCUGGAAAGCCCUGUGCCUUAAAAACUGACAAUGCACCAGUAUAUAGAACUGCCUUCAAAAAAAAUUUUUGUGCUUCCUUUAGAAUUCCCCAUACUAUGGGAAUUCCUUAUAACCCACAAGGCCAGGCCAUCGUUGAGAGAGCUCAUCAGACUUUAAAAUCCCAAAUCUUAAAAUUACAUCUGAUUUCAAAUACAGCUCUCCCCAUCACAUCCUUAACCAUGCUCUUUUUGUUCUCAAUUUUCUCAAUUGUGAUGCCUCAGGGACCUCCCCUAUGGAAAGACAUUGGAAGCCUGAGGUGUGCUCAGAGCCAAAACCUCUAG